AUGGCGGCGACUGCGUUUGGAAUCCGCUUCAUGUGGUUAGCUGUUACGGCUUCCUUAAUGUUAACCGUUACAAACGCAAAAAUUCCUGGCGUUUAUACCGGUGGACCGUGGCAGAACGCACACGCCACCUUCUACGGGGGCAGUGACGCUUCCGGCACCAUGGGCGGUGCGUGUGGGUACGGGAACUUAUACAGCCAAGGAUACGGUGUGAACACGGCGGCUCUGAGCACUGCCCUGUUCAACAACGGUUUCAGCUGUGGCGCUUGCUUCGAGCUUAAGUGUACUGACGACCCGAGAUGGUGUGUCCCCGGGAAUCCCUCGAUUCUCGUGACGGCGACGAACUUUUGUCCACCGAAUUUCGCUCAGCCUAGUGACGACGGAGGAUGGUGCAAUCCGCCGCGAGAGCACUUCGAUCUCGCCAUGCCGAUGUUCCUCAAGAUUGGUCUGUACCGAGCCGGCAUUGUCCCCGUCUCCUAUCGCAGGGUACCUUGUCGGAAGCUAGGAGGGAUAAGAUUCACUAUUAACGGUUUCAGAUACUUCAACCUCGUUUUAGUAACCAACGUCGCUGGUGCCGGAGAUAUUAAUGGAGUGAGCGUGAAGGGAUCGAAGACGGAUUGGGUGAGGAUGAGUAGGAACUGGGGACAGAACUGGCAGUCCAACGCUGUCCUCAUUGGCCAAGCUCUUUCUUUCAGAGUCACCGCCUCUGAUCGCCGUUCGUCCACCUCAUGGAACGUUGCUCCUCCCUCGUGGCAGUUUGGUCAGACCUUCUCCGGCAAAAACUUCCGAGUCUGA